AACAAACGGAAAACAGCAGAGCAGAAGCUCUUCAGUUUUCCAGGCCCGAGGGGAGAAGGGCGGGCGGGCGAGAGAGAGAGAGAGAGAGAGAGAGAGAGAGGGGAGACGAAGGUAGCAGGAAACCCUAAUCCCGAGGCAGCGCGCCUCUCCGAUCACCACCGACCUCCCCUUUUUCUUAAAUAUUGGCUGGAGCUACCAUGAGCACUCGAACUAAUGAAAAAUGCCCAAUUUGCAUGGAGGAGAUGGAUUUGACAGAUAAACAGUUGAAGCCAUGUAGAUGUGGAUAUGAGAUAUGUCUUUGGUGUUGGCAUCGGAUAAUGGAAAUGGAUCAGAAGGAAGAAUGUGGUGGAAGAUGCCCUGCAUGUCGUUCUAUCUACAACAAGGAUAGGAUCAUGGGAACAAGCAUCAGCAACCAAAUAUUAAAGGAACUCUGUGCUGACAAAUCAAACUUACAAAAAGACCAGGCCAAGUCUCAAAAGCAGAAACCAGUAAAAUUUCAAUCACGAGUGGCAGAAGAAUCACUAGACCCAUAUAGUGUCCGUGUUAUUCAACGUAAGCUUGUUUAUAUUGUUGGGAUGCCUUCUGAAUUCGCCAGUGACAAGGUACUGAGGCAGAAUAAUUUUCUUGGGCAAUAUGGAAAAAUAGAAAAUAUUAUUAUUGAUAAUAUUGGAGCAAACCAACAUAUUCCUGACUCUGGCCGUGUAUAUGUUACCUUUUCAAGGGAGGAUGAAGCUGCCCAGUGCAUAAAGGCAGUUAAUGGUUUCAUAUUAGAUGGUAGACCUCUGAAGGCAACAUUUGGCGUUACAAGAUAUUGUCAUGUAUGGCUAAGCAAUAAGGUUUGCCGAAAACCAAUCUGUUCGUAUGUGCAUCAGAAAGCCCCACUUGAAGAUAUUUGUACCAAGGACGAUGUUGUUGUGUUCUGUGCAAGGCUUCAGCAUUUGUUGGGAAUGGAUACAAAGGGUCUUCAACAACGUGCAGGAAAUACUUUGCCCCCUCCUAGCGACUGCAUAUCAAGAACUUCCAUUUGUAAUGGAAACUCCAAAGAUACAGUCCAGCAUUGUUAUAACAGUCAACACUUGCAUGUGAAGACUUGCAGCAACAAUUGUGGAGUACCACCCAAUUACGGCAAUAAGAAUCUUGGCACACUGCCAGUUACAACUCCACGAGACUCAAAUAUUCCAACUCUUCAAGAAGAGAAGAACCAUGAUAGCACACCUAAUAAUCAGCAAGGAUUGCCUGCCUCCGUAUCUCAGGAAUUACCACAGCUUGGACCAAAGGGUCACCACCUCAAUGAUCAGUGGGCUUCCAAUGGUAAUAAGCCCCAUGAUUCUGUGCAGUCAGCAAAUGGCAUUUUAAAUUUUAAGCAAGCAACCUCAGCAGGAAAUGGAAUGGUGGGGACCUUAUCGUCAAAACAGUAUGUUAAUGUAGUUUCACAAGGAUCAAGUGGGCCAGGUCGCCGGUUUACUGUACUUACCAGGCAGACGGCUCCUACUGAUACUCGAUUUAAAGCAACAGUUCAAGUUGGUAAUGUCAUUUCAGAUUCCAAGAACUUUACUUUGGCCAACAAUGAACACAGUGAAAGAAAUAAAACUUCUAGAUGUGAUGAUGCAAAGUUAGUCUCACAGAGACCAGAGAAACCUUCCCAAAUGCUAGCGAACCAUUUGACGGCAGCAAUUGGUAAGACCCAUGCUAAAGCAGAUGGAAACAAUGCUCCCUCAGAUAUCAAUGAAAAACCAGCCUGUGGAAUUCAGAUGCAGCUUAAAGAAAGUACUGCAGCACACAGAUCAACUGUGUUGCAGAGUUUGAGGGAUAGUUUUAUGCCCAAUAAUCUUCCAACAGUGGAUGUCAAAUCUCAUAUAUCAGUUGUGCCAGACGAAAUUUCAGAUUUACACAAUAAGUCAGCAUCUGAAACUCAAUUGCAGCCAAUGAAUCAUACAAAAACUACUAGUUCAGAAAAUGCAGGUGAUGCAUGUGGCAUUGCCAGUAAUCAGGUGUUGUUCAAUGAUGGUAAGCAUCAUAGUUCAUCACAAGGAGGGGAUCACAGUUUGUACAAGAGGGACAAGACCCAGUCAGGAGAUCAAACUUCAUCUCAGCAUGCUGAGAGUGUUUUCUCACCAAGACUAAUCAAUUCAUUGUCAUCCAUUGAUAUAGUGGCCAAGGGAGACAAAGGAAUAAAAAGGCAUGCCUGUCCUGGAUUUCAGGAGCUUCACCGACCUUCUGAUUCUGACAAGAGUACGUCAGUAAGCUCCUCAACUUGUUCUGUUCUGUGCUCCGCACCUGAUGCCGUACAAGGUCCAUGUUCUGCUACAGAUCAACCACACAUCAUCAUUAGCUGGGUUUCAGAGUGCUUGGAAGAUGGUGGAGGUACUACACAAAGCAAUAGUUUGAGCAUACCUUCUGCCGUCAGUUCCACAGAUAUCACCUGGGGAUCCCUGCAGUAUCCUGCCUCUCUUUUUUCUGGUGCAUCAAAUCACUGCCUAGUAUCGCAGUACUCUAGUGGAUUGACCCAGCGCAUGGUGGGUGGGAUUGAAAAUACCAUGAGUUGCUGCUGUUCCUAUCCAUCUAUCAGUGGCAUGGCAAAUCACAGGCCUGAAUACUGGAGCGGAAGUGCAGAUAGCUACACGUCUACUGGGGGAUAUGAUGCAUUCAGUCAAGACGCAACAUCAGGCAUGAUAGCUGGUAUGGUAGGCUCAUCUCCCAAACAACCUUCGCCGCAUCUUCAUUACAAUGACUGGACCAUGGGAAGCGUCGAUUCAGGAUUGAAUUGUCCACAGGUUGAUCAUACAUACCCCAUGUACUCUCUGUUCUGACGACAGGGUGGAGCUUGCCUUCGCAACCCCUAACAAUAGAUGUACAAGUAACAUGCAUACCUUCUAAUCUAGCUUGCAGAAAUGGUGGGUGGAAGCGACAUUCGCAACGAGAAUGCUUCAUGUCUGCUGAAGCUUGUAAAGAUCAAAUGUGAAACUUAAUGUACAAAAAUUAGCGUACUUGGUUGAUUAUUUGGUCAUGAAACAGUUCGUUUUAGUGUGUUUCCAUUGCUGUAUAGAUGGCCAGCAUUACUUACAAUUUCUCGUAUCGUUAUGAGUUUUAGGACAAGUUUGUCAGGAUCGAAAUACGGCAGAGCCUGGCACUGUCAUGCUUGUCUGGUUUAACGAUGCGUCUUUAUAAAUUGGACGAAAGGACUAGCCAUCAGUGAGCGUGUGAAACAUUGCAACACUGAGUUUGAAUUUAAUUUGUAAAAACAACCAC